GGCAGCGGCUCGAGCAGCCGUCGCAGCUCCAGCCGCGGCAGCGGCUCGAUCAGCCGCCGCAGCCCCAGCCGCGGCCGCGGCAGCGGCAGCGGCCCCAGCAGCAGCCGCAGCCCCAGCCGCAGCACCAGCCGCAGCAGCAGCAGCAGCAGCAACAGCAGCAGGAAGCGGAGGUGCAGCGGGGUUACCCGCCGCAGCCCCAGCCGCGGCGAAAGGAGCAGGAGCUGCAGCCGCCGCAGGCGGGGGCAAAGGCAGAAGCAGGCAGCGAAGAAGCUGCUGCCAAAAGUGAAAAAAAGUGGGAUGAAGCAGAAGCUGCAGAAGGCAAACGAACAGGCGCAAGGCGGAGGAAAGCAGCAGCGCAUGCAAGACAAGACGCUGAAUUGCUGCUGGCCCGGCACAGCGUUGCUGCUGUGCCUCCUUUUCCUUCACAAGCAGAAGCAGCAGCAAUGCAGGAGCUGCAGCAGCCAGAGGUGGACCCCGUGCAGCAGCAGCAAAACCUGCUGCGGCUUUCGAGGAAAGACCUGGGAUGCCUGCCCCAGGAGCUGCAGCAAGACGUAUCGGAAGCUUCUUCCACUUUGUCGGCGCUGCGGCGACAAGUGGGUGAACAGCAAGAACGGCUUUCGCGGCUCCAAGAAAAAGCUGCCAAUGAGGAGAAAUCAAUAAGUGAAAAGCUUGCCAUUUUGAGGGAAACACCAAGGCCGCAAAGACCCACCAGCAACCCUAUUUUGCAGCAGCUGCUGCGGCUCCAGGGCAACUUCGAUGCGAAACGGCGAAAAAUCGAUGAGGAAAAGGAGAAGCUGGAUGAUCUUACGCGGAAGUUGGAUGCUAUGAAAUAUUCGCCGCACCAAGAUGGGCGCACGGUGCUUUUGUGGCUGCAGCACGCCUGUGGAGGUCAGCAAAUUUCAGUUGCUGCUGCUGCUGCUGUUGCAGCAGCAGAGGUUGUUUUGGAAAGGCAUUUGGAGGGUUUGGAGCUGCAGGCGACUGCCGAAGAAGCAGCAGCAGCUUCCAGGCUCUAUGAUUACUUGUGGGAGAAAAUGAAAUCCUCGAAAGCCCGCCUAAAUGACCUCGUGGCGCAGCGAAAGGAAACCCAGCAGUAUCGGCAGCAGCAGACACUGGGGCACCAGCUGCGCAGCGAAGUUUCGCGAGCAAUCAAGACCAUAAGCGAAGCCAGCAAGUCUCAGCGGCGGCGGCGGUGGGUGGAAGGCGUGGCCGAUGCAGCUGUCAGCAGGCAGCAAACUCAGACGCUUAUCGAUAAACUCAAAAGCAGCGUUGACUCCGCGAGGGACGUGCUGGGCCAACUCAUGCACGGGUCUUCAAGCCAGAAGCCUCAGUCGCAGGGCGAAGCGCUUCUCGACAUCGAAACUGUUGAGAAAGUCUUCAUUCAGAAUGGAGAGGCGCUGCAAGGAGUGCAUGAAGGCAAAGGCGAAGAUGCAGACUUGGAGUUGUGCCGUGCACUUGACGGCGCUGUGCAGACCUGCCGCAAAGCAGUGGAGUUGCUGCAAGGGUAUCUGGAUCCUCAGUGGGAGGGACGCAGCGAUCGGCUGCAGCAGCAGCUGCUGAGGGCAGCAGGAGAAGUCACUGCUGCAGCGAAGGAAUGCGAGGACCUGAUAACUACGACUGCCCCCAUUUCUUCAAAAGAGCGGCAGAGGCGGGCAAGACUUGAGGAUACAUUUCUCAGUGCUGUUUCUGUCUUUGUAACAACAGAAGGGAUGGCCACCGCCGCACACACUCAGCUGCAGCGUGUUGCUGGCUUGGCUGUGGCGCCGGAGAGGCCCUCAACAGCAGCAGCACGACUCGAAGAGGUCCUGAAGAAAACCAAAGAAGAAUUCUUUGGUGCUGUCUUUGCAGUAGGAGGGGCCUGGAAUCGGGCAGUGACGCAGUUGUCCCGACAGCAUUCAUUUUCCGAAGGAAAGAAGCAGAAAGCGGAAUCAGAAGGGGACAGUGCAGCAGCAACAAAACAUGGAGCGGAGGCAGAACACGCGCAGGAGGCAAGCAAGGCGUUGCAAACAAACGCAAAGACGCUUCUCAAGAAACUGCAAAGCGCUGGGGUUCCUAGAGAGGCGCUUACAGCCCUUUAUGAAGCGUCGAAGGAUCCCCGCCAUCGCUAA